GUCCUCCUCUCCUCUGUAAUGACAAGCUCUCAUCCCCCCUCUCUCUCCAACUCCUCAUCCUCCAGGAUUCUCUCUCAUCGCGCUCCUUCCUCCUUUCCUCACUUGCGCCUAUUUUCCAUCAUUUCUUUUCAUCCUUUUUUACUUUCUCUAAACCCCUCCUCAACCCUUAACACCUCCAAAGAUGUGAGGAGAUAAUGAGGACCCCCUGCGUGCGCUGCUGACUUGGAUCCUCCGUGCAUCCUUAUCAUCCGCUCUCAGUGUUUUUUCUCUCUCUCUCUUUUUCUUGGACGUCCAUCUGCCUCUCAGAAAUGUAAGCGGCGUGCUGUCAGUUCAGUGAUGAAGAAGCCAACAACUUGCCCUCUUUUCCCUGCACCUUAUAUAUUUGCUCUUUCCGAUGGAGGAAAGCUAUAAAUGCUUUUGCGGGGAGGCAAAGUUUGAGGGCACCUGCUCACCUGUCCGCCUUUGCUUUUAAUUAAUAUCCAGGAAGAGGACAGAACAACAGAUGAAGAAGUUCUGAGCAAACUGACAUUUGUUUUGGCAUUUUUAUUUAUUUUUUUAAGUGGGAUUUGUCCGCCUUCUUGGAGGAAUUCGAUGUGCGCCACGUUGAAGGAUAUGGCUUAAAACGACCAUGCUGGCUUUGACAGCUGGAGUAAGGUCCGUUACUUGAGUGCUUUUGUCUCUACAAACCAGAAUUUGCCCCCAGACUUUGGUGGAAAGCCGUCCAAAUGGGAGGGUACCUGGAGGACUGAGGCGGAUUCGGCAGCCGAGAUAAGAUGUGGAUGAAAAGGAGCGCUGCGCGCAGUUUGUCUGCUUUGAAGCCCGGCAGCUGUGUGGGGCAUCGAGUCUGGAUCCUGCUGGCCAUGACUCACCUCACCUUGGACUUCUCUGUCUGCAGCCCCCUCACUCAGGGUCUGGGGUUCAAGCUGAUGCCUAAAUUUGUUUCUCGCUCCCGGCCUCGCUUGCAGCCUCUCUGGGAAAUGCCAAACAAGCUUCACUGGAGAACAGCGAGUCCGCUUGCACGCCGGCUCCUCCACCCCAUUCCUCCUCCUCAAGACAACAGGGCAGGGAUGGGGCUGAAAUCCAAAGGUCAAACGCAUCGGAAGUUAGCGCAUAAAGGACAAGCUGCAUGUAAGGAAUGCUGGUUGAGAUACUCUCAAACGGAGCCAAGUGACCCUUUGGCUGGGAAAGUGGAAGCUCCAGUGAUGUUAUCAAAAGGGAGUUUAUUGAAGAGAGCCAGGAGGCAACUCAAGUGGGACAGCUAUGACAAGUCUCAGGAGGGCCGGACUACUACGGUGCCUAGUUUCAUUGACUGGGGACCCACAGGGACAGAUAGCAUAGAUGAUGAUGGCAAAGCAGAAUUCAAUGCAACGCUGUCCACUAGGGCCUCAACUACCACAGUGGCAACAACCACUAGCACUACUUCAAGGCUCUCCUUAAGGACGUUACCUGUGGUGACUUCAACAGAGUCCAAGAGCACCACCAAGUCCUCCAUCAGCAAAACAGAGACUGCCAAACCACCAAAGCCAAUUGGGGACCCUCCAGGUUUGGCAGUUCACCAGAUAAUCACAAUCACUGUGUCUCUCAUCAUGGUGAUCGCAGCCUUGAUCACAACACUCGUCCUUAAAAACUGCUGUGCGCAGUCUGGAAAUGGCCGCCACAAUAGCCAUCAGAGAAAGAUCCACCAGCAGGAGGAAAGCUGCCAGAACCUGACAGACUUCACCCCGGCCCGUGUGCCCAGUAAGGUGGACAUCUUCACUGCCUACAAUGACAGCCUGCAGUGCUCACAUGAGUGCGUACGAACUGCUGUGCCCAUCUACACCGAUGAGAUGAUCCAGCAGACACCCGUCUACAAGACAGCUUACAAUGGAAACAGGCCCUCCCCCACUGAAAGACAACUGAUUCCUGUGGCCUUUGUGUCAGAGAAAUGGUUUGAGAUCUCUUGUUGACGAGCUUGGGGAUUUUUACUCGUUCACUGGGAAAGACUUCAUAAAUACACGCUCUGGAUCCAGCUGGAAAUGACAAACUCACAAAAACAGCAAAUUUUGUAAAAUAGUGUAAUCUCUACUUGGACACUUUUGAAGAUAUUUAUUUUUCUAGAGUAAACAAGGUGAACAGCUGUUGAGCCGCUCCUCCAUCUUUCCUGAGAAACAGAAUUCAUUUAGGUAGAGAGUAUAUAUAUAUAUAUACAUAGAUAUAUAUAGAUAUAUUUACAGGAUGUAUGGAACAAGACUACGGACAUCAAAGAUGUCUCAUGGAAAAUAUUUGACUUUAGGUAAAGGAGCCCAAGAAGCUGCUUUAGGCGGAAGACAAACUGUAUUUCUGAACAAUGUGCCAAUAAUGCCACUAUGUGCCACUACCUGGAUAAAAGGAGGUUAAACAAAAAAAAAAAACUGAAGGACUAAACAAAGUGUGUUAUAAUAAUACUGUAUGAGCUCCUAUUGCUUUCUUUCUUUUCUUUUUUUGUCAUUUUUCUAACGAAAUGUAAAAAGAAAAACAAAAAACAACUAUAAAUGUAUUUGAAAAUGUUUUGAAGUAAUUUUGAGAAAUGCGUUGCAAAAGAGUCUAAAACAUGUUUCUACAAAUCAAAAAAAGAAGAGCUGGAAAAUAAAUCUGUAGGUGGUUUAUGCUUUAUUGGAAAUUUGACUUUAAAGAUCUUAUUUGUACAAAGUCCCAUUUUAAAACCAGAAUAGUUAUGUCUAUUUUUGUACAUCUAGAAAGAGCCUGCUGCAGUCCUGACAAAGUAAGUCUAUAUGAAGAGGUAGCUCUGUUGUUACAAGGCCUCCAUUGAGAGAUAAAAUGAUUACACCUGGUCCAAACAAGUCCAAUACCCAUAGCACUGCUUCUUAUGUGACGUAUGUGUCUAAGUAAGGUUAAUUAAAACAUAUUCCGAAUGUGGUGAUGGCCCAUGCAACAACACCAGAGGUCUCAUUUAUAAAGGUUGUUUAGCACAACAUAUUCUUGAACCUGAAUCUUGUGUGAGCAGUUUUUCAUGUAAAGGUCGUGAUACCCUAAAAAAUCCAACUUAAGCAUCCCUCAUGGCAACUCUUACUCCUGCAUAUGCUUGUUAUGGAGACAGAUGGCAAUGUGGGGAAUUAAAGCUUCACUGCGUUUUGAUUGCUCUUAGACAUUCAGUUUUACUCCACAUAAAACUGUAAUCAUAGAUUGAUUCUAUCAUUAGCAUUUAAAAACUGCAGAGUAAUAGAUAUGCUUGUGAGGCAGACAUAACUAUACAUGGGGACCUGUCACAUAGAUAAAAACAGGUUUAUAAGCCAGCUUUAAUCUUUAAUCAGUCUGCCUAUUAUUUACAGCAAUGUUUUUCUCACCAUUUCAUUCUUCUCACAGAUGAUCACCAGAGUGAUGUGUACAUCUAAUUAAUGCAUAAAUUGUGACAAGGUGUGUGAAAAUCCCACUGCUGGCUGUAAACAUUUAAACACGGGUGUGCUGCUCAUCAAUGGGUGCAUUGGGAAUGCUGGAAGACCUUGCAAGUCGGAUAAUUAAGAGGGAAAGCAUUUUUAGAGAUCACAAAAAUUUUCCCGAUAAUGAUUAUGACAGACCUAUAAGAUGAGUCCCUGUACUCCUUAGAGCCAGUUCCUCAAUUCAGGUUCUCAAUGUCUCAGUGUUCUGCACCUUUUAGAUGUGUCUCUGCUUCCAGCCCUGAACCAAAGGUUGAAUGACCUCCUCGGUGUAAAGUAAAGUUCUCUAGAGUCAUGCUAAUGACCUAAUUAUUUGACUCAGUUGUGUUGAAAGAGAAGCAAUGGACCCUAAGGACCAGAUUUGAGGAACCAGCCCACAGAGGAUUGCUUGUUGAUAUUUGUGCCGACCUUUGCAUGUUCAUCAAUGGUAAUCACGUAUUAACCAAAAAGACACAAAUGUAGAAAAAAAUUGAAGAGUAGCUGGUUCUAAAGAAACACAAAUAUGAAUAACCAGCACUAUGUGGUAAAUAUAAAUUAUAUUAAAAAUAUUUCAUAAAAUAUAUAUUUAAUAUGAGUAAAAAAAAGUAUUCGCUAUUCAGCUACAUGUCAUAGCUUAUUACAGAUAAAAGAUAUUUACCUAUCUAUAGAAAUAUAGGGAACCAUCUAAAUAUGAUAAGCUGAUGUACUGUAGCCAAAAUGUUUACUAAAUCCUAUAGACAUCCAGAGUGUUGAAUUUCGACUUUUUUUUUUAUUUUUCCUUUGCAAGUAAAGGUAUUCAUCAAAGUAUUAUAUAUAAUCAACAAUUUAUCAAAUCUCUGUCUUAAACCAUUUUUAGAAACAAAAUAAUUCCAUAAAAUGUUCUACAGGUCCACAAUAUCACAACCAGUGCAAGGCGGCUUUUUGGAUGGCAUUACUAAUGUGACCAGUUCAUACAUCAGAUUGUUAAUGUAUUGUUCUUUUUUAUAUCACUGUGGUUACUAAACAUGAUAUUUUUUUUCAAACUUUCACCUAACUGACCAACAUAUCUAUUUCUGACUUGCUUUUGUUCUUUUCUCCAUGUUCGCUAUGUUUAACCAUAAAAUUCAACUGUUAAGAAGGCUCAUUUGAAUACACAUGAACAUUCAUGAGGUCCUUUGCAUUGAUCAUUUAUCACUUAAUGUGGGGCUGUAAAGGGCAGGAUAUGAGAAGGAAAGAUUACAUAUAAAGGGAAAUUCUGUGCUGAAAAGUAGUUGCAUGGUUUUAUGUCUUUUUUUUUUUUUUUUUUUGGUAUAUGCCAUUUUCGUUUUGGCUUACAUACAUUUUAAUUAUGGCUCUUACGCAAUCUUUUAUAAAUGAGGCCCGAGGUUCAACUGGUUGGAUAAUAAAGGGCCAAAAGAAAUUGCAGGGAGUUUAACAGGACACUCAAACUGUCUUAGUACAUCUGUUAUCUGUAUAUUUUACUUAAAACCUAGACAAACAAAUCUAAUUUUUUGAAAUUAUUUGGAUUAGAAGAUUAAUUAAAAAGUUUCUAAAUAAAAAAAAGUUAUUUUAAAGCUGAAAAUGAUGAUAAUCAUUUUUUUUUUUUUAUCUGGAUGAAGAAGCAUUCUGCUUAAGAAUAGUUAGCAAGACAGCAACAAAGGCACGCUCCUUUCAGGCACAAUAAUUCUCAGCAUUUUCCCUAUGAGUUUUGUUAUAAAGAGCAACUGUCUGUAGACUCCCCUUGUAUUCCACCAGAAGAAGCCUGGCCAAAGCAAAUGAAAUGCACCAGUUUUUAUCAAAAUCAAUUGAGUAUGAAGAGAACAAUACAGUUACAUCAGAGGUAAUCCUAUUAAAAAAAAAAAUCUGAUGCUGAUUGUUUUGUUAAAUUGAAAUGAUUAAGACAAGCCAAAAAACCGAUAACACAUUUGUUGAAAUAGUCUCUGAAGUUAAGUCAACUGAACUGUAUGGGGAGAAGAAUAGUUAAGCUCUCCUAAGAGCCUUAUAGCACCAAUGUCUUUAUUAUUAUUAAAACUUCAAGCUCUGAUUACCUUUGUGCUCUGAAGCUUUUGUGAAACUGUCCAAUAAUCUAUCUGUAAUUGUGCUGUAGGUUUGUACAAAGCACAAAUAAAAUGAUGUAGUUGUAAAAAACAGAUUUGGCUGCAUACAGCAAUAUGUACAGAUUUAAACUGUUUCACUGGGUGUUGAGAAUUUAUUUCUGGUAAUACACAAAUUUAGUUACUCAAUUUCUAAAAUGUACCAAGGAAACAGGCAGAGUAAAAUCAAUGAGGCUGUUUUCACACAUGACUGACUUAAGAUGUUUUGGGGAUUGUGCAGAGAAUGUGUUUUUUUUUUUUUUUUUGUGGGAUUUCACAUAAGCAUUCCGCAAUAGAAAAUGUAUUUUGAAGAUGAAAUCGCUGAGCUGAGAGGGGGAAACUGUGAGCAGGACAGAAUUCAAAGAAACACAUAGGUUUUCAGUAGAAUAUGCCAAACAUGAAAAAUAAAAAUCCCUACAAUUAAUUUUCUGCAGAAAUUACAACUACAAUCUCCUUUCCAUGAUUUUAUGGAUCAAAUUGAAGAACCAGUCACCAGGAAAAUAGAUGCAUUUGCUGUCUUUGCACAUUUUCUCAGUAGUUGUUCUUCCAGAUUUUCUUUUAAUUUUCUUUUUCUUUUUUUUUUUUACAAGGUAGCCUAAAGAGUCUGUGAAGGAUUUUUGACACAAAUCCUGCCAAAUAAUCUCUAGAACAUUCCAGGACUAUAGUGCAUGUGUGAAAACACCUUGUGGGUAAAUGCAAGCCCUUGCUGUGGUGUAAAAAUGAGUUGGGAUCAACACUGUGGUGCAAAACUCCUCCUUUCGGCCCAUUUCACAACAUGAAAAAAAGCUCCAACAAAAUACCCACUGGUUCAGCCUCAAUCGUGUUACAGGCUGUGUUGCUUCUUAAACACAACAUAUAUUUUUUGAAUGAAGAAUCUUACCUUCUCUAUCAGAGUGUUAUGAAACCUGCUGUAUAUUAUACACGUGUAAAUGUAUUUUCUAUAUAUUUGCUUCUAUUUGUGUACAGGUGUGUUCUAUUUUUAAAGGCCUUUCCAGUUGUGAGAAAGGUUUCGAGCGAGGUCGGGGAUAGUGUCUUUGUUUACAUGUGUAUCUACAGUAUUUCUUUCAAAACACACAAAACUAACCUUGUGCCAAGCUUCCUAUCCGCACUUUCAAGCCGUACUUGUAUGAUAUAUUUAGGUAGCCAGUAUAAUAAUUUAGUAGACGCUGCAAUAGUUCACUGGCUUAAAAGUUAUCUCCAGGUGAAAUAUCUAAAAGCAGGAGUGCUGGAUGGUUUUAUCAGGUUAUGUGGUCAUAUGUUGAGUUCUGGUUAGAACCCAAUGACAUGCUCUUCCCAAGCAUUUAUAGGUGGAAUUUAAAAUAAAGAGUCAUGAAAACAAACUAGUACAACUGUUGCUGCCAAGAAUCCAGCUAAUUUUGAUCAUUUCUUUCUU